GAAAGGAGAAGGAAGAGGAGGAGGAGGAAGAAGAAGAGGAGGAUCAACAGAGAAGGCGAGACAGAGGAGAGGAGAGGAGGACUGGGAGAAAAAAUCGGGAGAGAAGAAUGCCACAGAUUUGACUGGAAGAUGUCCAUCGUUACCAUGGAUGCGACCACCAUCCUCUCCAUCCUCAAGAAGAAGCUGGCCUUUUUGUCAGGAGGCAAAGACAGGCGCAGUGGUCUGAUCCUGACCAUCCCACUCAGUUCAGAUCAGACCAGCAUGGAGGAGCUCAGCGUCACACUGGACUACCUGCUCAGCAUUCCUAGUGAGAAGUGUAAGGCUCGUGGUUUCACUGUCAUCGUGGAUGGACGCAAGUCUCAGUGGAACAUAGUGAAGACUGUGGUGCUCAUGCUACAGAAUGUGAUCCCUGCCGAGGUGUCCCUGGUCUGCGUGGUGAAACCAGAUGAAUUCUGGGAUAAAAAGGUCACGCAUUUCUGCUUCUGGAAGGAGAAGGACCGCCUGGGCUUUGAGGUGAUCCUGGUUUCGGCCAAUAAGCUGACUCGUUACAUCGAACCGUGUCAGCUGACAGACGAUUUCGGAGGAAGUCUGGACUACGACCACAACGACUGGCUCAACAAGAGACUGGUUUUCGAGAAAUUCACCAGGGAGUCGACGUCGCUGCUGGAUGAGCUGUCCAUCAUCAACGAGGGUGACAAGAGCAGCUCGGUGGACAAGGACAAACCAGCUGACUGUGCCCUCCUGCCGUCCUUUGACCCAGAGACUGUCCUUCAGACUGGUCAUGAGUUGCUGUCAGAGUUGCAGCAGCGUCGAUUCAACGGCUCCGAGGGAGGAGUGGGAGGAGGACAGGGAGGUCCGGCCUGGUGUCCCAUGGAGGAGGAGCUGCUUGCUCAGCCUCAGGUGAUGAAGCUGCUGGACUCGCUCAGGGAGCAGUACACACGAUACCAGGAGCUCUGCAGACAGCGAAACAAACGCACCCAGCUAGAUGAGAUCCAUGCCAAGGUCAUGCAGGUGGUCACCUGGCUGCAGGGUCCAGGUUCGGAGCUGUUGAAGACUCACCAGGCGAUCGGGGACUCGAUGCGAGCGGCUCAGACCCUGCAGCAGAAACACGAAGAGAUCGAGAGCCAGCACAGUGAGUGGUUCGCAGUGUACGUGGAGUUGAACCAGCAGAUUGCUGCCUUGCUCAGUGCGGGGGAGGAGGAGGAGGUGGUGGAGCUGAAGGCUCUGCAGCAGCAACUGAGUGAUGUCUGCUAUCAACAGGCGGCUCAGCUGGAGAGCAGACAGAACGUCCUGCAGGCAGCGCAGUGCUUCCACAGCACCACACAGGAGUUGUCCCAGCAGUUGGACGGUCUACUGGGCAUGCUCUGUGCCGACGUGGCUCCAGCUGACGGAGCUUCCAUUCAACAAAACCUCAAACAGCUGGAGGAAAAGCUGCAGACUGUCGAGGCAGGUCUUGCUUCUCUGCGUCAGAAGGGCGGCCUGCUGCUGGAGCAGAUGUGCAGCCAGCCGUCGUGGUCUCUGGAGGAAACGGAGGGUCCAGCUGGAGAACAACAGGACAACGUUCAGCACAUCCAGGCUGUGAUGGAGGAGAUGCAGCUCCGCAAACAGAGGUGUGAGGACAUGGUUGACGUGAGGAGGCUAAAGAUGCUACAGAUGGUCCAACUGUUCAAAUGUGAGGAAGACGCUUUACAGUCAGUAGAGUGGCUGAGCGAGCUGAUGGACGCCUUGUUGAAGACUCACGUGAGACUGGGUGAUGAGUCUCAGGAGACCAGGACCAUGCUGGACAAACACAGGAAGUUUGUGGACGUUGCUCAGAGCACCUAUGACUACGGCCGCCAGCUGCUGCAGGCGACCGUGGUCCUCUGUCAGUCUCUGCGCUGUACCACGCGCUCAUCUGGAGACACUCUGCCGAGGCUCAACCGAAUCUGGAAACAGUUCAGCGUCAGCUCCGAGGAGAGACAGCAGAGACUAGAGCUGGCUCUGAGCUUCCACACCUCCGCGGAGAAGGUGUUACAACAGGAGUGUGUGGAACCAGAGUCUCUGGAUGAAGUCGACUCUUCGGGGAAAACUCUGCUGGACAGACUGACCAUGCCCGUUAUGUUCCCCGAUGGGAGCGAGCAGUACUUUGGGAGUCCCAGCGACACAGCGGUGGCUGCGGAGGGUGUCAGAGAGCGCCUCCUGCUGGUGGAAGAGCGGCGACUGCAGCUGCAGGUGGUGGGGCUUCAUCACGACGGCGCAGAGGAGAAGCAUAGCGGGCAGGACGCGCGGCUAGACGUGAUCGGAGAGGAACUGAGUGAGAAAGAGGAACAAGAGGAGGAGGAGGAGGAGGAAGUGGUGGUGGAGGAGGAGGAGGAGGAGGAGGAGGAG